UUUGGCGGUCGAAUAAAAUUUAAUUUUCAUCAAAAAUCUUUUAAAUUCACGCAAAAAUGGACAAUAAUCAGUACUCGGAAGAGCUUUUCCACGACUCGGAAGACCCAAAUGACGAAAAUCCAUCGGAAAAAGUCACUUCCAUCGAUGAAGAGAUGCAAGAUACGCCAGAUUUGAAUUUGGAAUUGAACUCGGAGGAACCUCAAACCCUUGGAACGAACGACGAGACGCCAGAUAUUAACUUUACGGAGGCAGAAAUGUCGAAUGAUGCUCAAUUACCGGACGACGAGGAGGAAAUUGAAGAAGAAGAUGCUCAAAUGGGCGAUUUGGAAUUAGAUGGCGAUGACGAGGAUGUUGUUGACGACGAGGAAACUCCAGUGCGGAAGCCUUUGGCACUCAAACAAGCGGAUUUCGGAAUAUCCAAAGAGAAGGAGGCAAAGGAAAAGGAACCAAUCGAACGAAAAUUGAUAAAUUUACCGCUGGGACGCGUCAAGAACAUCAUGAAACUCGAUCCGGAUGUGCGUUUGAUGUCGGGCGAAGCGAUUUUUGUCGUUGCUAAAGCUACGGAAUUGUUUAUCGAAGCUCUGACGAAGGAAUGUAUGGCGCAUAAAGACCCCAAGAAGAAAACAAUUCAAAAGAGGGACUUUGAUCAGGUGCUUGCGUCAGCGGAUGCCCUUCAAUUUCUCGAAGGCGCGAUGGAUUUCUAGUCAUAAGUUGCUAAUUUUAGUUUAAUUUUAUUAUUUUCACAUCAUUUCGUAUCGAAUACACGCUUAAACUGGUAAAAAAAUCAUCGUUUGCCUUCUAGAAAAAUAAGCCGCGCAUGCGACGUCCCAUGCC